AUGGGCGUUACGGACAUGGAUGGAAAUACAUCAAUCGACAUGGUCAAUAGAAGAAUCAUUUUCGAAAAGUUCAAGGUCGCCCCAAGCUAUGAUCACCAGAACGUACUGAAGAUAAGUACAAAGCACGAACUGUCAGACGAAAACUUCGAACCAGAUGCCAGGAAGACCUACAAGGAAAAACUGGAAAAGAUGAGGAAAGAAGCUCGAGAAUCGUCAACAGUGGAUGAUAUCGUACUUGGUGAAGUAGUCAAAGAAAAUCCGAAGCUGGAGGUGAGACUCAUGACCAAGAUCAGAGACAAGAAAUACAAGAAGGUAUUCUCAAAAGUCACGGGAUGCCUUCCGAAAGAAUUCCAGAUAUCAGCGCCGAUGAUGAGAGUGGAACUAUCAAACCAAGUCACCAGACAGAAAAACGAGCAAAUGUCUGAUGAGAAGAAGGAGAUUGUAGCUAAACAUCUGUACGAAUUAGCCAGAGACUACAUCGUGGUGUUCCCACAAGACCAUGGCAUAUCGGUUAAAAACAUCAUACCGAUCAUGGUUGUCGAAAAGAGAGACGACCAAGGUGAAGCCAUUCCGCUGGCUCAGUCGGCGAGGAUCGUAGCUCAAGCACACAGAAGCGUAAACCUGUGGACGAAAGCCCCGCCGAGAGUAACUGAUGAACUGAAGGACGUUCUAGCAAAAGCAGCGAAGGCAUCGAAAAACAAGUUCAUAUUUAGAACGGUGGUGAAAGACUUACAAGAUAAGAGCAGCCAGGGGAUUGAUCACCAUGAAACAUUGGGUGCCCCAAAAGCGUCUGACUCAAGCCGAAGUCCUGUCGGUCGACCAAAGAACGCCCAUAGUAACCACCGUCGAGCAGAAGAUUCCAAACACCCACACUCCAAUCGUCAUCCAGCAAAGUGGGCCGACCGCGCAGAUAAUCUUGAAAGAUAG